GUCCGCACCAUCCCAAUAGACGUCUCUUCAUAUUCUAGUAGUCGAAAGUUAAAACGUACUUAGAAACAAAAUCAUAACCUAACUCUUUUUCUGAUUAUCACAACCUUCGUCUCUUCCAAGUGUUCGAUCGUUGAAACCUAGAGUUUUGGAUUUUGGAAUAGAUUUUAAAGGACGAAGCAUUUGUGGCAGUGAAAGGAGAAGCCGUUUAUAGCGAUGAGUAGGUUUUUAGGGGGUUGUUCUUCAAUUGAAGAUUGAAGAUCUUGGGUUUCGAAGUGGAAUUUGAGUUCUUGGAGGUUUAGAGUACUGUAUAUAUGAUGGAUAUGGAACUCGUAGGAGAUGUGACUUCACUGGACACUGAACUGUUGCAGCUUACAGAGGUGAAAUCCUUAAUCCAUGGUGCAAAGGCAGGUGCCUCUGGGAUCUCUUCCACCUCAAAUGUUUCUGGGUGUAAUAUGUUGCCUUCUGUAUUUCCUGCUGGCUGUGCUCCUCCGCUUUCACCUAGAAGUGCUUCGAGUUCUCCACGUGCUAUGCAACAGAGGUCUAUCCCAUCUUUAGGUCCUUCACUUAAAGUUGUCGGUGUACCUGUGCCAGAAGUCAUACCGCAGUUCUACUUCCAAAAUGGUCGUCCACCACCAAAAGAACAAAGAAAACAAUGUCUUAGUAGGAUCAAUGACCUUUUUAAUGGUAAUAUUGAUGGCUUGCAAUCCCAUGAAUUUAAAUCUGUCACAAAAGAAGUAUGUGAGCUCCCGUCAUUUUUUUCUUCCAUACUUUUUCAGAAGAUUGACACCAACAAUACGGGGAUAGUAACCAGGGAUGCAUUCGUUGAAUAUUGGGUUGAUGGAAACAUGCUGACAAUGGACAUAGCAACACAAAUAUUUAAUAUUCUGAAGCAAUCAGACUGCAAAUACCUUACUCAGGCAGACUUCAAACCUGUUCUUCGAGAGCUUUUGGCUACCCAUCCGGGAUUGGAAUUCUUGCAGAGUACACCUGAAUUUCAGGAAAGAUAUGCUGAAACGGUCAUAUACAGAAUGUUUUACUACAUCAAUAGAUCUGGAAAUGGCCAUCUGACCCUCAAGGAGCUGAAACGUGGAAACCUGACUGCAGCAAUGCAACACGCUGAUGAGGAAGAGGACAUUAACAAAGUUUUUAGGUACUUUUCAUAUGAGCACUUCUAUGUCAUAUACUGCAAAUUUUGGGAACUGGAUACAGACCAUGAUUUCCUGAUCGACAAGGACAACCUCAUCAAAUAUGGUAAUCAUGCUCUUACCUUCAGGAUUGUUGACCGUAUAUUUUCACAGGUUCCAAGAAAGUUUACUAGCAACGUUGAAGGGAAGAUGGAUUAUGAAGAUUUUGUUUAUUUCAUGCUCGCAGAGGAGGACAAAUCAUCUGAGCCUAGUCUUGAGUACUGGUUUAAGUGCAUAGAUUUGGAUGGAAAUGGGGUGCUCACAGCAAAUGAGAUGCAGUUUUUUUAUGAGGAACAAUUGCAUCGAAUGGAAUGCAUGUCCCAAGAAGCAGUGCUGUUUAAGGAUAUCUUGUGUCAGAUAGUUGACAUGAUUUCACCAGAGAGGGAAGAUUGCAUCACAUUACAUGACUUGAAAGGAUGCAAGCUAUCUGGGAAUGUUUUCAAUAUUCUUUUCAACCUUAGUAAGUUUAUGGGUUUCGAAUCUCGUGACCCAUUUCUCAUCCGCCAGGAACGGGAGGAUCCAACUUUGACAGAGUGGGACCAAUUUGCCCACAGGGAAUAUAUUAGGCUCUCAAUGGAAGAAGACGGUGAAGAUGUAUCAAAUGGAAGUGUCGAGGUUUGGGAUGAAUCACAUGAGGCACCCUUUUGAGUUUAAUGAGCUGCUUAUGGAGUGCUCACGAUGCUACCUUGAGCUUGGGCAUUGAAUGAAGAGGAUACUAUCAUCUCCCAAAAAUGCUCUUUGAAUUAAAUUCAUCAUGCACUGCGAACCUUGCCUGGCCAUUCAGUUCUGAUGCACAAUUGUCGGGAUGCUAUCUACCAUUCAGUUGUGAAAUGAUGGUGAGCUGCCUCUGGAGUACCAAGUGAAAGCCUUCAAUUGGGAACGCCGGUUGCUUUGCAGAGUAAGGGUGAUUGCCAUUUCUGUUGCUUAGAUUACAUAUCCUGUGUUAUUUUAUCCUUUUCCCCUUCCAAUUUAUGUACACUAGUUUUGUGUUCUAUUUUUGGUUUCCUUGGAGAGAAAAGAGAAGAGAGAGAAAUAUUCUUACAGUUUGUUUGUUGUGAAAUGAUGAUAAAAAAUACAAAAUAUUGGAAAAGUUUACUAUAUAAUCCAUAGGAUGCUUGACAGCAUUCUGAAUUUGUUACUCCCGCUCAUUGAUUGCGGCUCAAAUAAACCAUAG